UUUUGCUUUCCUUCUGGAGUGCAAAGACAAUGAUGCAUGGCUCGUGCUAGUUAUCUCCUUCCCCUCUUCCUGAUACUGAUACACCACCUCCGCUCAUCACUAGCUUCAUCCACUUGGUAUGGUAACCUCACAGCUCCUUGGUGCCAUCCAGACCAUGCUGCAGCACUCCUCCAGCUCAAGCGAUCCUUUCUCUUCGACUACUCCACCACCACCCUUGCUUCAUGGGAAGCAGGCACGGACUGCUGCCUCUGGGAGGGUGUUGGAUGCGACAGUGUCUCCGGCCAUGUCACUGUUCUUGACCUCGGUGGCCGUGGCUUGUACAGCUACAGUCUUGACGGCGCGCUCUUCAACCUCACCUCACUCCAGCGACUCGACCUGAGCAAGAAUGACUUCGGUGGAUCCCCUAUUCCGGCGGCUGGCUUUGAGAGGCUUUCGGUACUCACACACCUCAACCUUUCUUACGCAGGUUUCUAUGGACACAUUCCGGUUGUAAUAGGCAAACUCCCGAGUCUCAUAUCGCUGGAUAUUUCUUCAAUCCAUAACAUUGAUGGUGCUGAAAUAGACACAUUGUAUAAUCUUUUUGACAGCUAUAACCUUUUGGUCCUACAAGAACCAAGUUUCGAGACACUAUUGUCAAACCUCACAAAUCUGAGAGAGCUCUACCUUGAUGGCGUGGACAUAAGUAGUAGUGGCAGAGAAGAUUGGGGCAGAACUCUUGGAAAAUACGUUCCUCAUCUUCAGGUUCUUAGCAUGGAGGAAUGCAGGCUUGUUGGUCCUAUCCAUCGACAUUUUCUACGUCUCCGCUCUAUCGAAGUGAUUAAUCUAAAAAUGAAUGGAAUUUCCGGCGUGGUUCCAGAAUUCUUUGCAGAUUUUCUCAAUUUAAGAGUUCUUCAACUCAGCUUUAAUAACUUGAGAGGCACCUUUCCACCGAAAAUCUUUCAACUGAAGAAUCUGGCAGUAUUGGAUGUGUCAAAUAACGAUCAACUCUCGGGGCUUAUUCCAAAAUUUCUCCAUGGGAGCUCGCUGGAAACUUUGAAUCUACAGGAUACACAUUUCUCUGGUGUCACUCUGAGCUACUUGGGCAAUCUCACAUCUUUGACAGACCUGGGAAUAGAUGGAAGAUCAAUUUCUAUGGAACCUCCCUAUUUUUUCGUAGACAAGAUGGACCAUGUUAGUACCUUGCGACUCUCUUCGGUAAAUUUUUCAAGGGAGGCUAGGUCAAAUUUCUCAUGGAUUGGUGAUCUCCAGAGCUUGAAAACAUUGAAAAUUUCUGAUUGCUACUCUACCAAGACAAUGCCCUCCUGGAUUGGAAACCUAACCAGUUUGAGAAGCUUGGAUAUCAGGUAUUGUGGUUCCAUAGGGCCAAUUCCACAGUUAAUUGGCAACCUUACGACAUUGGAAUAUUUGACAAUCUCUGAUUGUGCUUUUACUGGUCAAUUACUCUCUUCAGUUGGCAAUCUAGAAAACUUAAGAUUCCUGCAAAUAUCCUAUAACCAUCAAGGUUUAUCUGGCCCUAUAACACCGACAAUUGGACAUCUCAACAAGUUGACAGUAUUAAUACUUCGAGGUUGCAGCUUCUCUGGGAGAAUACCAAAUACAAUCGCCAACAUGACUAAACUGAUUUUUGUGGACCUUUCACAGAAUGACCUCGUCGGGGGCGUACCGACAUUUCUAUUCACUUUACCAUCAUUAUUACAAUUGGAUCUUUCAUCGAAUCAACUCUCUGGACCUAUACAAGAGUUCCAUACACUAUCUUCGUGCAUCGAAGUUGUUACUUUAAAUGAUAAUAAAAUCAGCGGAAAUAUUCCUUCAGCACUCUUCCACCUCAUAAAUUUGGUUAUUUUGGAUCUUAGCUCAAAUAACAUAACAGGUUUUGUAGACCUUGAUGAUUUUUGGAAACUACGGAAGCUCGCUCAAAUGAGUUUAUCCAACAACAAGCUGUAUAUCAAGGAGGGAAAAAGAAGUAACUCCACAUUCCGGUUAUUACCAAAGCUCACUGAAUUAGAUCUGAAAUCAUGUGGCUUAACUGAAAUUCCUAGUUUCUUGGUACACCUUGAUCAUAUCACUAUAUUGGACCUUUCUUGCAACAAGAUACUUGGGACUAUUCCAAAUUGGAUAUGGCACACAUGGGACCAUAGCCUUAGGAAUUUGAAUCUUUCAAACAACGCAUUCACAAAUUUGCAGCUCACUUCAUAUAUUCUCCCUAAUAGUCAUUUGGAAUUUCUUGAUUUGAGUUCCAACAGAAUCCAGGGUCAAAUCCCGAUUCCGAACAUGUUGACAAUGGAAAGCAAUUAUGAACAAGUCUUGGAUUAUUCAAAUAACAGUUUCACAUCUGUUAUGUUAAACUUCACUUUGUAUCUUAGCCAAACUGUGUAUCUCAAGCUAUCCGACAAUAACAUAGCAGGCUACAUACCACCCACACUUUGCAAUUUAACUUAUCUUAAAGUCCUUGACCUGGCAAAUAACGACUUCAGAGGGAAGGUUCCAUCUUGCCUGAUAGAAGAUGGCAACUUAAAUAUAUUGAAUUUGAGGGGGAAUCGCUUCGAAGGAGAGUUGACUUAUAAAAAUUAUAGUAGCCAAUGUGAUCUGCGGACAAUAGAUAUAAAUGGAAAUAACAUUCAAGGACAGCUGCCUAAAGCUCUUUCUCAAUGCACUGAUUUGGAGGUUCUUGACGUUGGAUACAAUAACAUUGUAGAUGUUUUCCCAUCUUGGCUUGGCAACCUUUCCAAUCUUCGUGUCCUUGUAUUAAGGUCCAAUCAAUUCUAUGGCACACUAGAUGACCCUUUCACAAGUGGAAAUUUCCAGGGGUACUUCUUGGGGAUACAAAUAAUUGAUAUUGCCUUGAACAAUUUCUCUGGCUAUGUGAAACCACAAUGGUUCAAGAUGUUUAAAUCUAUGAGGGAGAAGAAUAAUAACACUGGACAGAUCCUGGGUCAUUCUGCAUCCAACCAAUAUUACCAAGAUACUGUUGCAAUAACAGUUAAGGGGAAUUACGUCUCAAUUGAUAGGAUUUUGACAGCCUUAACUGCAAUGGACUUAUCAAAUAAUAAACUCAAUGGUACUAUUCCAGAUUUGGUCGGAAACCUUGUUAUACUACAUUUAUUGAAUAUGUCACACAACGCCUUCACAGGAAAUAUUCCACUCCAAUUAGGCAGGAUGAGCCAGCUGGAAUCACUGGACCUGUCAUGGAACUACCUUUCCGGGGAGAUACCACAAGAACUAACAAAUCUCACAUUUCUUGAGACCCUAGAUUUGUCUAACAACAAUUUGGCAGGGAUGAUUCCACAAUCACGCCAAUUUGGAACAUUUGAGAACAGUUCAUUUGAAGGUAACAUAGGCCUCUGUGGAGCACCCUUAAGCAGACAAUGUGCCAGUUCACCUCAGCCAAAUGACCUGAAACAAAAAAUGUCGCAAGAUCAUGUCGAUAUAACUCUAUAUAUGUUCAUUGGAUUAGGAUUUGGACUUGGAUUUGCUGUUGCUAUUCUUGUCAUGCAGGUUCCACUUGGCAAAUUCUAUAGAACUAUAAGCAUUUUGCGAAACUUAUCCUAGGUCACAAGGGAUCAAUAUCUGCACAGUUCGCAUGUAUGUAAUACUGGAAAGGAGAAUGACACUUAGAUGGAUGUGUCAUGUGUGAUUGUGAUUAUUCAUCUCUAUAUUCUAGCGAUACUUGUAAAGUAUGUCAUGCUGCAUUUUUUAAGAUAUUGUUUUGGUGUAAUAAAAAGUAAAUUGAUCAUAAUCAUCUCUAUAUUCUGUUGAUAUAUGUAAAGCAUGUUAUGCUGCAUUUUUAAGAUAUUAUUUUGGUAUAUAUUAAUAAGAAGUGAAUUGAUCCGGUUUA